AUGGGAACGCUUCAGACAUGGCGAAAAGCAUACGGCGCUCUCAAAGACCACACUAAAGUUGGGCUUGCCCAUGUCAACUCCGAUUUCAAGGAUAUGGAUGUGGCAAUCGUGAAGGCUACAAAUCAUGUGGAGCAUCCACCCAAAGAGAGACACCUCCGAAAAAUUAUGAUUGCCACAUCAUCUAUGCGGCCCCGGGCUGAUGUUGCGUACUGUAUACAUGCACUUUCGAGGCGACUGGCAAAAACUCAUAACUGGACGGUUGCCUUGAAGACUUUAAUAGUGAUUCAUAGGACUUUGAGAGAAGGUGAUCUCGUGUUUAAGGAGGAACUCCUGAAUUUCCAACAGAGGGGUCGUGUGCUUCAGAUGUCCAAUUUCAAGGAUGAUUCGAGCCCCAUUGCAUGGGAUUGCUCUGCAUGGGUAAGAACGUAUGGGCUCUUUCUGGAACAACGGUUAGAAUGCUUUAGGGUUCUCAAGUAUGACAUUGAAGCAGAGCGUCUUCCUAGACCUGCACAGGGACAAGAUAAGGGUUAUAGUAGAACAAGAGACUUGGACAGUGAAGAACUUUUAGAACAGUUGCCUGCUUUGCAGCAGCUUCUGUAUCGUCUUAUUGGAUGCCGGCCUGAAGGGGCAGCUGUGGGCAAUUACAUUAUUCAGUAUGCGCUUGCCUUGGUGCUCAAGGAGAGCUUUAAAAUAUAUUGCGCCAUAAAUGAUGGGAUAAUCAAUCUUAUUGACAAGUUUUUUGAGAUGCCAAGACACGAAGCCAUUAAGGCCCUAGACAUUUAUAAAAGAGCAGGGCAGCAGGCAGCUAGCCUUUCUGAUUUCUAUGAAGUUUGUAAAGGACUCGAACUUGCUAGGAAUUUCCAGUUCCCUGUCUUGAGGGAGCCACCACAAUCCUUUCUAGUGACCAUGGAAGAGUACAUAAAAGAAGCACCAAGGAUGGUUCUUGCUCCAACUGUGGCCUUGGAAUAUCCCGAAAGGCUGAUGCUGACAUAUAGACAAGAGGAUGCGCCACCUGCUGAAGAAGAUGCCAUGGUGUCAGAGGAAGAACAGCUGCCGCCACUGACUUCUGCCAUCUCAACUGCUGAGACGGCUACUCCCCCUCCUUUCACAACCAAUGUGGACGCAGAUGAUCUAUUGGGAUUGAAUGCCACUACAGUAGAUGCAUCUGCCAUUGAGGAAAGCAAUGCAUUGGCGUUAGCCAUAGUGGCAUCUGACACUUCACAAGUUGACUCAAAUGCUCCCCAAGCAAAAGAUUUUGACCCAACUGGAUGGGAACUUACACUGGUUACCACUACCAGCAGCAACUCAUCAUCAGUACCCGAGAGGCAAUUGGCUGGGGGACUGGACUUGCUUACGCUUGAAAGUUUAUAUGAAGAUGGCGCGUAUAGAGCAUCCCAGCAACCGUUGUAUGGAGCACCUGCACCAUCACCAGGAGCUCCUAACCCGUUUGAAGUCAACGACCCAUUUUCGGUAUCCAACAGUGCUGCGGUCCCUAACAACUCGUCAGUUCAGAUGGCUAAUAACCCAUUUGGGCCAUUUCAACCAGCAGUUUCUUAUCCACAGACCCAGCCACAGAUGGGCCCACAAAACCCUUUUGGCGAUGCAGGAUUUGGAGCUUUCCCUGUGGCACCCUCUGUUCACCCACAAACGACCAAUCCUUUUGGGAGCACAGGCCUUAUAUGA